AUGUUUUUCGAGGCCGUGAUCAUGAACUGGUUGUCCGCUGGCAAACAGCCAAAUGGCAUGGUGAUCCGGCUGCAGGGUUUCGACAAGGGAGUCUUCGGUGGCAAUUUCCACACCCAUAACAGCCUGCACCUGCCUCCGGGGCUGGACGUCGUGGCGUACUCCAACGGCGCCGACUACGCCCGGGGCCUCCGCUACGCCGUCGAGCAGGCGGCGGCUGGCAGGGUUGUGAUGAGCGUGGACUCGACGGACCUGUUAAACAGGAGGCACCUCUUCGACAAGGACGACGCGUGGCUGAGACCGUACCCGCAGGAUCCACUCGAGUUGAUGGCCUUUGACGAGGUGCGAACUUAUGGUGAUGGUUCCGACCUCGCCAUCAUAUCCUACGGCAAUGGCGUCCCGACGGCGCUGCGCGCCAAGCGCCGCCUGGAGGAUGACCACGGUGCAGCUGGAGUGGUGGUCGUGGACGCCCCGCUGCUCAGCGCGGUGCCUUCCGGGCUCUCCGAGCUGCUGCCCGGCUUCGGCGCUGCGGUCUUCGCGGACGUCUGCAAGAUGGGCCAGCACCCGCACGCCGGCUUCGUGGCCCGCCUGCAGGGCGAGGGGCUGCUGCCGCCGCGGUGGCGCAGCGUGGCCGCGGCCCCCACCUACAACCCCCUGGGCAGCACGGUGACUUUCCUGAACGAGGAGGACAUCGUGCACGCCGCCUUGGCGGUGCUGAAGUAG